GCUUUGGUUUCCGGACAGCUCAACUGGGAUCAGGGGACCCCUCCAAGGUGCCAGGUGACAGCCAAGCAGCUCCUGCUCCAGUCCAGAGUCCAGGAAAGAGCUCAGAGUCUCCAGGUACGUGGCAUCUUUUGGGAAAGAUGGGAUGGAAAUUGCCCUCUGCCAUCUGCCAGACCCGGACACAGUUUCCACUUCCCGUUAGCAAAGUGGAACCAAGUUGUGCUCCAGGGAGGAGGAUGCUCUGCGGUUCCCCCAUCCACUGCUCUCUGCCGGCUUUUGUCAUUUCCACUUUAGUUUUCCAAGUUCCUCAGGGGCACUCAGCUCCACUCACCGUCACUGCACCCCCCGGCCCCAUCACCGUGGCCAAGGGCGAGGACGUGGUGCUGCCCUGCAGCUUCUCCCCGGGGCAGAAUGCACAGGACACGGAGGUGACCUGGUUUCGGGAGCAGUUCUUGCCCUUUGUGCAUCGCUACAAGUGGGGCCAGGACCAGUACGGGGAGCAGAUGGUUCAGUACCAAGGGCGCACUGAGCUGGGGAAGGACGGCCUUGCCAAGGGCAGCGCGGACUUGAGGAUCUUCCGUGUCCAGCUCUCUGACACAGGGAAUUACACCUGCUUUGUUCAACGAGGCUCAGAUUAUGACGACGCUCUGGUGGAGCUCCAGGUGACAGCCAGCGGCUCUGCCCCGCUCAUCGCGCUGGAGCGCUACGAGCACGGGGGGAUCCGGGUGGCCUGUCGCUCUGCCGGCUGGUACCCACGGCCCCGGGUGCUGUGGCACGAUCCCCACGGGCGCCAUCUCCCGUCCCUCUCGGAAAACGCUACCCAGGACAAGAAUGGGCUCUUUGCAGCUGAGAGCAGCAUCAUCCUCACCAGAGGUGGGAACCAGGAACUCUCCUGCUCGGUGCAGCACCUCCCGCACACACCGGGGCAGGGAUCAGCCCUUCACGUCUCAGAUCCCUUUUUCCAAUGUGCCCAUCCUUGGAUGAUUGCCCUGGGUGUGGUCCUGGUUGCUGUGGUCACUCUCCUUAUUAUCACUGUUUAUCUAUUUAAAAUUAAAGCCCGUGCAGGGGGUCCCAGGAGAGGGCAGACAGGGGAUGUCCAAAUCAAUGGCCCACAACCCAUUUGUGCUGCUUUCUCUUCCUUUUCAGAGCAACAAGCCCAGGAACUCGCAUGGAGAAGACACGCAGUGCCUAUAGAAGCAGCGAACGUGGUUCUGGAUCCAGACACAGCCCACUGUGAGCUUGUCCUGUCUGACAAUGGCAAACAUGUGAAACGACUUGACACACGACAGGACAUCCCCGACACCCCCGAGAGAUUUAACCCGUGGCGCUGCGUUCUGGGCUGUGAGGGCUUCACCUCGGGGAGACACUACUGGGAGGUGGAGGUGGAGGAUGCAGGAGGAUGGGCUGUGGGGGUGUCUAGAGAAGAUGUGAGAAGGAAGGGUGAUAUUGAGUUUAAACCAGAGGAAGGCAUCUGGGCAGUGGGGAACUGGGCAGGGCACUUCCAAGCUCUCACCUCCCCUGAUCGCAUUCCCCUUCCCAAAAUCAAGGCUCCCAGGCGGAUCCGGGUCUCUCUGGAUUAUGAAAGGCAACGGGUGGCAUUUUUCAGUGUUGAUGCGGAGAUUCCCAUCUUUGCGUUUCCACUGGCAUCAUUUGGGGGGAUAAAAGUCCACCCUUGGGUCUGGCUGGGUCCUGGGACUUGUCUGAAAAUAUGUCCCUGAUGAAAGGGAAGGUGGAAGACAAGGCUUUUUGAAGGGACCUGAGGAGUUCAGACUCACAGUAAGACUGAGGUUGGAAGGAACCUGUGGAGGUUUCUGUGGCAACCACCUGCUCAGAGCAGGGUUAACCUCAGGGCUGCCUUCAGUGUCUUUGGACCUUGUUCAGCUGAGUGUUGCAGGGUCUCCAAGGGCAAAGGUCUCAUUACCUCUCUGGUCCAAUGCUGCAUCUCUCUCAAGGGUAAAAACCAACCCUUUCUGUGGGGUCAGAAUUUCUACAGUCUCGACUCGUGGUUGUUGUGUCUCAUCCUCUCCCUGUUGAACACCAGUUACACCAAAAAGGGAUCACUUUGUAAAUGUACACAAUAAAGUUCCUUUGGUGGGAUUUGUCUGUAUGUGUGUCAGUACCAAGGCUGUCCCUGAGGGAUAUUCCCACCUCCCUGUAGCCUGUGGGAGUCACAGGCACUUUGGAGAAAAGGGUUCAGUGCAUCCUGCAGGAGCCCAGGAAGUCAUGCCAGCGGGGCUGGUCCAUGGCUGUGCUUGUCCCCACACCUGCCAGCAGCACAAAC